AUGGCAAAUGAUAAAACCAGCAACCAUAAAGCGAAUAAGCCGAGAGGAAGAAGUGCAUGCCAGAAUCCCAACAAGGCAGACAAAGCAGGACGAACAAAAAUAUUCGCUUUCACAAGUUCGGGACACCUAGAUAAAGUAAAAGAACUGAUCAAACGUGGCGCUGAUGUGAACCACAGAGAUAAUGCAGGCUGGGCUCCACUUCAUGAAGCAGCUCUCAAAGGCCAGUAUGAUAUUGCUCGCUACCUUAUCCAAUCAGGGGCUAUUGUCAACGUACGCGGAUUUGAAAACGAUACUCCUUUACAUGAUGCAUGCUCUUAUGGGUAUUCUGAUUGCGUCAAAUUACUUUUAGAAUCUGGUGCCGAUGUGUAUGCCUUAAAUACGGAUAAAAAGCGACCCAUUGAUUUAUGUGAAGAUAAGAUCUGUAUCGAGAUUGUCAAGGCAAGAAUGAAUCAACUCGAUAGUUUGGCUAAAAGAGACAACCAGGGCAAGACAGUGCUUCAUCGUGCUUGUAUAGAGGGCUCAAUACAAGAAAUUAACCGACUGUUAAAAGACGGCCUUGAUUCGAAUGCAACCGACAGGAGCCACUGGACACCUUUGCAUUAUGCUGCUCAAUACGGCCAUUUGGAAACUGUCAAGGCACUUGUUCAAUAUGGAGCUGAUAUCAACAGCAUAGACAAUCAAGGACAGUCUGUAUUGCAUGUUGCUUGUCAGCAUGGUCACGAACAAGUCGUUCAAUAUCUGGUAGAUACUGGUGUCGAUGUCCAUUGUGUUGAUCAACAUGAACAAACGCCCUAUCAAGUGACUGAAUCUGUCGCUAUUCGACAAAUCUUGACCGCCCGCAUUGACCAAGAACGCAAACUCAGGGCAACUACAGAAGCGAUUGAUGAAGUCACCUUUGUCUCUAACACAAAACAGAAACGCAACACACAAGACAAUCAACUCUCACGUGAAGAACGCAAAAUUCAAGCUAUCAUGCGAGCAUUUGAAAAAGCAGAAAAGAAACAGAAAAAACCAGUAAAUACAAAGUCUGUAAAUAACGAUAAAAAACGAAAAAGACAAGAAUCAAGAGAAUGCUCUGUAGAUAGUCAACAACAUAUUCAUUCACAUAAUCAUCAUCAUGCAUCCAAAAAACCAACUGUAGAUUUUAGCAAACUGGAUCCUCAUAAAAAAGACACAAGUGGUCGCACGCACCUUUUUCGAUGGUCUAUUCGAGGUGAUGUACAGGUUGUGAAAGCUUUGUUGGAUGCUGGCGCCAAUCCAUCCGAAACUGACAAUGCUGGUUACUCACCUCUUCAUGAAGCAGCUCUUCGGGGAAAGGCAGAGGUAGUCCGACUGUUACUGGAAAAUGACGCAGAUGUAAACUGCCGAGGUGCAGAUAUGGACACACCGUUACAUGAUGCCGCAGAAAAUGGUUAUCCUGAAAUUGUCCAAUUGCUCCUUGACUAUGGAGCUGAUAUCACUGUAAAGAAUGCCAAAGGUCAAACACCAUUGGAUAUUGCUCUACAGGAAGAAAAUGAUGAAAUAGAAAGAUUGUUAAAGGACCACAAGGACACUAAACCAAAGAAACGAAAAGCGGAUCUACAGCCUGAGUCUCCUACUUCACCCACGGGUGUGUUUGAUAUGAAGGCACAUGCCAGACAACUCUCUGGCCAACACUUGCCAAAAAAGAGUCUCAAACCACUCAUAAAGACAGAAGUACCACCAGAUGGACCACAUACACCUAUACCUACACCACCACCAGAAGGAUGGCAUAGAGUUAAAAAGGAAGACGAUGACUAUAAUGAAGACCUAUACCCGUCGCUUCAUUGUGCAUCUCGUUAUCUUCCACUGUAUACCAUUCAACUUGUGGAUGACAAUCAUUUUUUUGUGGUUGACCUCCAGGUCAGCUUACUACUAGGCAUUACAAUACAUCAAUUCGUGAAGCAAUAUCCUCAUUUACAUCGACGACAAGUGUCAAACCAGGAAAAAGAAAGACUUUGGUCUCCUUUGUCUUCCAUGAUCUGUGUUAGGCAUGAAUACGCUUUUAAAGAAAGCGAAAAACAAAAAUUUCUGGAAGCAGACAUCUCUUUUGUUCGUCUUGAUCAAGUCGUAUCUAUCAUUAAGGACGAUUAUGCUCAUUUAAGUGAAAGUCUGAUUACAAUCAAUCUCGAUAUUGGUUACUAUCAAAAACAAAAUGUAAAGUUACCACCCAAGUUUGCCAUGAAAAUGAAGAAAUGCGGCAUGCUUAAAUUCGAUCAAAAAAAUACAUAG